AGUAGUGCCUCAUCAACACCUCAAGCCAAAUCAAGUUGAUAUUUGCUCAGAUCUGGAGAUCUCCUCGCUGGAUCAUCGUAUCGCUCUGAUGGCAUUUUAAUUGGAGUGCUGACUUCGAUGGGUAUUGGAUAGUGGUGAUGUGAGUGCCAUGAUGAGGAAGGGAUAAUUAGGCUGGAGAGAUGACUUCCAGUCAGAAGUUGAAACGUCGGAGCACAACACCCUGGUCUACAGAGCCCGACGAUAAUGAUCAGCACCACGGUUUCAGCUAUCGCGAUACCCUCCAGGAUUAUCAUCAUUAUGGUGAAUUCGGAAGGAAACGCAAUUAUUUUCCCCACUACCACUUUCAUGGAUACAAUGAAAUUCGUAUGACAAACGUAAUGCCCCUGCUGGUGUCAAUGACCCUUUUGGGUCUCCAAGAGUACUCGGCACAAGGUCCAGACCUCCUGGAGCAAAUUUCCCAAGAGUUGGAGCCUCCGAGAAUACCGGAAGGAGGAUACCGAGUGUCUUCUUCCAGUUUUCUCACUCCCGAGAUCCUCAACUCCAUGAGAUCGGGUAGAUUCAGUGAAUCGCAAUAUAGUACCUCUUAUGGUAAUAAUGGUAAUGAUAUUACGUUCACUGAGCCAAGUCUGAGCUUCGAACCACCUGAUAAUUCAAUUCCUAUCGAGGAUAAACCUGGUCCAUCAAUGGAACUCGUUUUCGCAUGGAGAACAGUUGAUUUUGAAUUCGAGAGUGAAGCAGCACGAGAGCGCGCGAUAUUCGAGGGUAAUUACAUUCCAGAGAAUAAUUUACCACUGGGUCUGGAACUCUGGCAUGACAGAGUCUUCGUGACACUUCCCAAGUGGAGGAGUGGAGUACCUGCAACACUUACUACUGCCCCGAGGUUUACCAAGGACAAGAGUCCCAAAUUGAGGCCCUAUCCCAGCUGGGGAUGGCAUCAUCAAGGAUCAUGCGGCGGCAUGACAUCAGUAUUCCGAGUCCAGGUUGACGAGUGCGACCGUCUGUGGGUGUUGGACUCAGGAACAGUGAACCUCACGGCGGAUCCAAAGCAAAUCUGUCCCCCAGCGAUUUUUAUCUUCGACCUGCGAACAGAUCGUCUCCUACGCAGGUACCAAAUACCCGAGGACCAAGUGAAACAGGACUCCCUCUGGUCGAACAUAGUGGUGGACAUCAGAGAUGGCAAUUGCAAUUCAGCUCGUGCCUAUCUCGCAGACGUCUGGCGUUUUGCAGUGAUAGUCUAUGAUUUUUCAAAUGACACAUCCUUCAGGAUCCAGCAUCACUUCUUCCUGCCCGAUCCUCUCUCCGCGAGAUACGAACUCCAUGGUAUCCAGUUCCAGUGGAUGGACGGAAUCCUAGGACUUGCCCUGAGUCCUGUGGACAUCAACAACGACAGAACCCUUUUUUUUCAUCCGAUGUCGAGCUUCAGGGAGUUUGCUGUCUCGACGGCUGUUCUCAAUGACAAGGACACAGCUGAAACCAGUCCUGAGAGUUUUAUGCCAGUGGGAAAACCCCGAGCUAAGGACUACGGUCACUCCUCGGGCUCUGCCAUCGACAAGCAUGGAGUCAUGUUCAUGAAUAUGGUCACCAGGGACUCUGUCUGGUGCUGGGACACCAGGAAGGAGUACAUUCCUCAGAACCUGGGGGUCAUCGGCGUCAGCAACGAGUCACUCAUCUUUCCGAACGAUCUCAGGGUCGAUCACGAGGAUCGACAGAGCUUCUGGACCAUCUCGAAUAGACUUCCCAUGUACCUCUACGGCCCCUGGAACCCCAACGAUAUCAAUUUCAGGAUUAUGCUCGCUAGACCUGUACAUCGAUUUUUGUAGGAUUUUUUAUUGAUUUCGAUUAGAUUUUGUUACCGAUUUUUGAGUUGUUCGAUUGAUGAUUAACGGCAGAUUCACUAUUGUGUUUUAAUAAAGGAGU